CAGCCCCUUGGUCCUUCCUGCCCUGUGUAUUCUUCACAACAACCCUAUGAGGGGGAGUAGCGGAACAGGGAUUUGAAGCUGGAUCUCCCCAGUCCUCAUCCUGCACUCUAACCCCAGGGCACAGCACUAUGGACACCUGAGGCUGCCUUCCACAGUAUCAGACCCUGCCCCCCGGGUCUGGCAAGCUCUCAAGCAUCACACAGUCCAUGAUGAAAGUCAUCCUCAAGAGACAACUCAAGAUGAGCCUGCUGGAUGUCACCAAGAUCUUCUCCAUGCUCCAACCUAGAGAAGAUGAAGAAGGGGAUGGAGAAAGACAGGAGCUGAACCUGGCGGUGUCCCAGGAUAACUACCAACUUCUGGACCAACUGUUGUGCCAAGAGAGGUACAAGAGGUUUAUCAACGGUCGGAGUGGUUGGGGGGUGCCCGGGACACCACUCCGCUUGGCAGCCUCCAAGGGCCACAUGAGAUGCCUCAAAGUUCUCCUUGCCCAUGGCGCUGAAGUGGACAGCCUGGACGUGAAGGCCCAGACCCCACUGUUCACAGCAGUCAGCAACGGCCACCUCGAUUGCGUGAGGGCCCUCUUGGAGGCGGGAGCCGACCCUGGCGGGAGCAUUCACAACAACUGUACCCCGCUGCUGACUGCCGCAAGAGACGGAGACGCAGACAUCCUUCAGGAGCUCUUGGAGCACGGGGCCGACACCAACGUCAAAGCCAGAGUCCCCGACUGGGCAGCCAACUCAGCCUCCUGCUCCGGCCCUCUGUACCUGUCGGCGGUCUACGGACAUCUGGAGUGCUUCAGGAUGCUUCUGCUCUACGGGGCCAAUCCAGACUACAACUGCACUGAUCGGAGAAUGUUGGCACGAAUCCGGAAGCCGGCGACACUGCUAGAAGUCUGCCUGAGGCAUGGCUGCGGGCCUGAAUUUGUCAGACUCCUGAUAGAUUUUGGAGCCAAUGUGUACUUACCAGAUAUCACACUCGACAAGAUCUCCACAAAUUCUGAAGUGGCAGAAAUGAUGGCCAGGGAAAGAGCUCACCCCAAGUCCUUGAUGUCUCAGUGCCGGCUGUCUGUCUGGAAGUUCCUCCAACUGGCCAAGCGGCCACAUGCUGCCGAUCAGCUGGACGUCCCGCCUGUGUUGCUGAACUACCUCAGACACCAGUCGUAACUGAAGAUCGCCGCUGGAACUCCUGGGGUUACGAGCUAUUGUAACUGGAUGAAGCUUCUAAGAAUAGCAGGAUGUGUGGUUUGGUUGCCUUGUGUAGCGUGGCUUUAGGGAGUGUUGCGUUGCUUAUCCAAGAAGCCCAAUCUAGAAAGACUGGUUCUUUUUUACUGGAAAAGGGGAUCAAGAGAAGUGCAGACAGUCCCCGCAGUCUCCAGUUUGGGAUGAAUUUUUAAAAGUUGUUAUUAGAAUCUCUGUGAUGCACCAGUGGACUUUAAGCAAUGAAAGCAGGAGUGCGGUGUAGUGGUUGGAGUGUCAGGCUAAGGGUCUGGGAGACCCAGGUUCGAAUCCCCCCC